CCUAUGUCGAGAAGGACUGCCAGCCUGGGGCUGAAGUAGAAGUAGAUUCUCAGUAUGAAAACAUCAGUAUAGAGAGCUAUCUUUACAGAGAGGCAGACCGGGGCCUUUCACCUAAUAAUAGGCUACGGCAGACUAUUAUGCACAUGACCCUCAAAUGCCUAAUUUCAACGCUCUUUCUGGACUGGUAAAAAUCCAACGGAACUAAUGGGACACACAGGCUUAAAAUAAAUCCUUUUUGGUGAAUGACACUCUAUCAGAUACGUGCUAGCAACAGAGACACGGAAGUGCGGACAUGGCUGACAGAACUGCUCCCAACUGCCACCUGAGACUGGAGUGGGUUUACGGAUACCGGGGACAUCAGUGCCGCAACAACCUGUACUACACCGCGGCCAAGGAAAUUGUCUAUUUCGUGGCGGGUGUGGGAGUUGUGUAUAACACCCGGGAGCACAAGCAGAAAUUUUACCUGGGACACAACGAUGACAUAAUCAGUCUGGCUCUGCAUCCGGAGCGUGUCUUGGUGGCCACGGGACAGGUGGGCAAGGAGCCUUACAUCUGUGUAUGGGACUCCUACACCGUCCAGACCGUGUCCAUCCUCAAGGACAUGCACACACACGGUAUCGCCUGUCUGGCCUUUGACCUCGAGGGACAGUGUUUGGUGUCAGUGGGCUUGGAUUCCAAGAACACAAUCUGUGUGUGGGACUGGAGGAGAGGGAGGGUUCUGGCAGCCGCUCCUGGUCAUACAGACAGGAUAUUUGACAUAUCAUGGGAUUUGUACCAGCCGAGCAAGCUCGUAAGCUGUGGUGUCAAACAUAUCAAGUUUUGGAGCUUAUGCGGUAAUGCCCUGACCCCUAAACGAGGUGUUUUUGGCAAAACUGGGGAUCUCCAAACCAUCCUCUGCCUUGCCUGUGCAAAGGACGAGGUCACAUAUUCAGGUGCCUUGAAUGGUGACAUCUACGUGUGGAAAGGGAUCAACCUAAUGAGGACAGUGCAAGGAGCUCACGGGUCAGGGAUUUUCAGCAUGAAUGCCUGCGAGGAGGGCUUCGCUACUGGGGGCCGAGAUGGCUGCGUGCGGCUGUGGGAUCUCAACUUCAAACCAAUUACUGUCAUCGAUCUCAGGGAAACAGACCAAGGAUAUAAAGUAGCUAGAGGUGAAAAUAGCCGAGGGCUGUCGGUACGCAGCGUGUGCUGGCGGGGAGAUCACAUCCUGGUGGGAACCCAGGACAGUGAGAUCUUUGAGGUGGUGGUCCAUGACCGCAACAAGCCUUUCCUCAUCAUGCAAGGUCACUGUGAGGGGGAGCUGUGGGCUCUGGCCGUGCACCCCACCAAGCCUCUGGCUAUGACCGGCAGUGACGACCGCUCGGUCAGGAUAUGGAGCCUUAUAGAUCAUGCACUGAUAGCACGCUGUAACAUGGAAGAGCCCAUACGCUGUGCCGCUGUGAGCACCGAUGGCAUUCACCUGGCCCUGGGCAUGAAGGAUGGCUCCUUCACCGUUCUCAGAGUCAGAGAUAUGACAGAGGUGGUCCACAUCAAGGACAGGAAGGAGGCCAUCCAUGAGCUGAAGUACUCCCCAGAUGGGGCCCACUUGGCUGUGGGCUCCAAUGAUAACUCAGUGGACAUCUACGGGGUGGUGCAGAGGUACAAGAAAGUGGGUGAGUGCAUCGGCUCCACCAGCUUCAUCACACACAUGGACUGGUCCACGGACAGCAAAUACCUGCAGACAAACGACGGCGGCGGCAGGAGGCUCUUCUACAGGAUGCCAAGUGGCAAGGAGGUCACCAACAGGGAGGAGAUGAAGCUGGUCCAGUGGUCUUCAUGGACAUGUGUGUUGGGUCCCGAGGUGAACGGGAUCUGGCCCAAAUACUCUGAGAUCAACGACAUCAACUCUGUGGAUGCCAACUUUAAUAAUCAAGUCUUAGUAACAGCUGACGACUAUGGAUUAGUAAAACUUUUACGAUAUCCAUGUGUAAAAAAAGGUGCAAAAUUUAAAAAGUACUUGGGUCAUUCAGCCCACAUAACCAAUGUUAGAUGGUCACAUGACUACCAGUGGGUCAUAACUAUUGGCGGUGCUGACCACUCAGUGUUCCAGUGGAAGUUUAUUCCUGAACGAAAGUCUAAAGAGGCUUUGCAUAUAGCACCGCAAGAGACCUUGGCAGACUCAAACAGUGAAGAGUCAGACUCAGACCAGUCAGAUGUGCCUGAGAUGGACUCAGAAAUCGAGCAGGAGACACAGCUCACGUAUCGACGACAGGUUUAUAAAGAAGAUCUACCUCAGCUCAAAGAGCAGUGCAAAGAGAAGCACCGAGCGACGGCCAUGAAGAAGAGAGAGCGAGCACCAGGCAGCGGAGUGAAGCUACACUUCAUUCACGGGUACAGGGGCUACGACUGCAGGAGCAACUUGUUCUACACCCAGACAGGGGAGAUAGUCUACCAUGUUGCUGCUGUGGGGGUGGUGUACAACAGACAGCAGAACACCCAGCGUUUCUACAUGGGGCACGAUGAUGACAUCCUCUGCCUGGCUAUUCACCCCCUCAAGGACUUUGUAGCCACAGGCCAGGUCGGUCGAGAUUCCUCCAUCCACAUAUGGGACACAGAGAUGCUGAAACCCCUGUCAGUGCUGAAAGGUUUCCACCAGCUGGGAGUGUGUGCUCUGGACUUCUCAGCGGAUGGCAAACGGCUGGCCUCGGUGGGUCUGGAUGACAACCACACCAUUGUCCUAUGGGACUGGAGGAAGGGCGAGAAGCUGUCGGCCAUACGGGGAAGCAAGGACAAGAUAUUUGUUGUCAAAAUAAAUCCCUACAUGCCUGACAAGCUUAUCACAGCCGGAGUGAAGCAUAUCAAGUUCUGGCAUAAGGCUGGUGGCGGCCUGAUAGGGCGCAAGGGGAACAUGGGGAAAACAGAAACGAUGAUGUGCGCCGUGUACGGCUGGACGGAGGAGAUGGUGUUUUCAGGCACGUGCACGGGAGACAUUUGUAUCUGGAGGGACAUGUUCCUGAUGAAGACAGUCAAGGCCCAUGAUGGCCCUGUGUUCAGUAUGCAUGCACUAGAAAAGGGAUUUGUGACUGGAGGUAAGGAUGGUAUAGUAGCUCUCUGGGACGACACCUUCGAGAGAUGCCUCAAGACUUACGCCAUCAAGAGAUCAGUCCUAGCUCCAGGCUCUAAAGGGUUGCUCUUGGAGGACAAUCCCUCCAUACGUGCCAUAUCGCUGGGCCAUGGCCAUAUCCUAGUGGGGACAAAGAACGGUGAGAUCUUGGAGGUGGACAAAAGUGGCCCGAUCACGCUGCUGGUCCAGGGUCACAUGGAGGGAGAAGUGUGGGGCCUGGCGACUCAUCCACAUCUCCCUCUCUGUGCCACCGUCAGCGAUGACAAAACCUUGCGCAUAUGGGACCUCUCCCCCAGCCACUGUAUGCUGGCUGUUCGCAAGCUCAGGAAAGGGGGCCGCUGUUGCUGCUUCUCCCCAGAUGGCAAGGCCCUGGCAGUGGGUCUGAAUGACGGCAGCUUCCUCAUUGUAAACGCAGACACCCUGGAGGACCUGGUGUCCUUCCACCACCGCAAGGACAUCAUCUCCGAUAUCAGAUUCUCUCCAGGUUCUGGGAAGUACCUUGCAGUAGCGUCAGGGGACAGCUUUGUGGACAUUUACAACGUGAUGAGCAGCAAAAGGGUUGGUGUGUGCAAAGGAUCCCUCAACUACAUUACCCAUCUGGACUGGGACAAGAGAGGAAAACUACUCCAAGUCAACACUGGUGCUAAAGAGCAAUUAUUUUUCGAAGCUCCUCGCGGCAAGAGGCAGACUAUUCCAGCUACAGAGGUGGAGAAAAUUGACUGGAGCACGUGGACGUGUGUCCUGGGAACGUCUGUUGAGGGAAUCUGGCCCGUGAUCACUGAGGUCACUGAGGUGACCGCUGCCUGCCUUAGCAAUGACAGAAAGGUGCUGGCCACAGGAGAUGAUAUGGGAUACGUCAAGCUCUUCAGAUACCCUGUCAAGGGAAAGUAUGCAAAGUUCAAACGCUAUGUGGCCCAUAGCACACAUGUUACCAAUGUGCGAUGGACCCACGAUGACAGCCUCUUGGUGACAGUCGGUGGGGGUGACACGUGCUUCAUGAUCUGGGCCCACGAGCCCGAGGGCCACCGAGAGUUCCGGCAGUGCGACAGCGAGGAGUCAGACAUCGAGAGUGAGGACGAUGGAGGUUAUGACAGUGAUGUGACAAGGGAGAAUGAGAUCAACUACACCAUCAAGGCCUUAUCCACCAGCGUGCGACCCAUGACAGGCGUCAAACCCCACUUGCAGCUGAAGGAGCCCUCUGUGGAUGAAAGACAAGGGGUGGUCAGAGGGUCAAGACCUCCUGUCAGCAGGGCACUGCCACAGCCAGAGAAGCUACAGACCAACAAUGUUGGCAAAAAGAAGAGGCCCAUUGAGGACCUGGUGCUGGAUCUGGUGUUUGGUUACCGUGGCAAUGACUGCCGCAAUAACGUGCACUAUCUGAACGAGGGGGCGGAUAUCAUCUACCAUGCAGCCUCAGUUGGCAUUGUGCUCAACUUGACGACCUCCUGCCAAAGUUUCUAUGUAGAACAUAGCGAUGACAUUCUGUGCCUAACAAUCAAUCAACACCCCAAAUUCCCCAACGUGGUGGCAACUGGCCAAGUAGGUGACACUGGUGACAUGUCAGCCACAUCUCCGUCUAUUCAUGUGUGGGAUGCCAUGACUAAGCAGACGCUGUCGGUGCUGCGUUGUUUCCACUCCAGCGGGGUUUGCUCUGUCAGCUUCAGUGCCACAGGGAAGCUCCUGCUGUCUGUGGGCCUGGACUCUGAACAUACAAUCACCAUCUGGAAGUGGCAGGAAGGUGCCAAAGUGGCCAGCCGGAUGGGUCACACUCAGAGGAUCUUUGUGGCUGAGUUUCGUCCUGACUCAGACACACACUUUGUGUCUGUUGGUAUCAAACACGUUCGUUUCUGGACGUUGGCUGGUCGGGCUUUGCUCAGCAAAAAAGGCGUGUUGAGUUCCAUAGAGGAUGCCCGGAUGCAGACCAUGCUCUCUGUGGCAUUUGGAGCUAAUAACUUGACAUUUACAGGUACCAUUAGUGGGGAUGUGUGUGUGUGGAAGGAACACAUUCUAGUAAGAAUAGUGGCCAAGGCUCAUACGGGCCCUGUGUUCACCAUGUACACCACACUGAGAGACGGCCUCAUCGUCACUGGAGGCAAAGAGAGACCAUCUAAGGAGGGUGGAGCACUGAAGCUCUGGGACCAGGAGCUGAAGCGGUGCAGGGCUUUUCGAUUAGAAACUGGACAGAUUAUUGACUGUGUUCGCUCUGUAUGCAGAGGAAAGGGUAAAAUCCUUGUGGGGACUAGGAAUGCAGAGAUUAUUGAAGUAGGGGAGAAAAAUGCAGCAUGCAACAUUCUGGUGAACGGACACAUGGACGGACCUAUCUGGGGCAUAGGCACCCAUCCCUCAAGAGAUGUGUUCCUGUCUGCUGCAGAGGACGGCACCGUACGUCUGUGGGACAUCCCAGAGAAGAAGAUGCUGAAUAAAGUGAACCUGGGCCACCCGGCGCGGACCGUCAGCUACAGUCCUGAGGGAGACAUGGUCGCCAUCGGCAUGAAGAAUGGAGAGUUCAUCAUCCUCUUGGUCGCCUCUCUCAAAAUCUGGGGCAAAAAAAGAGACCGGCGCUCCCCUAUCCAGGAUAUUAGGUUCAGUCCAGAUUCUCGUUACUUGGCUGUGGGCUCUACGGAGAACGCAGUUGAUUUCUACGAUCUGACACUCGGGCCACAGCUUAACCGUAUUAACUGCUGUCGGGACAUCCCCAGCUUUGUCAUGCAGAUGGACUUCUCUGCAGACAGCAAUUAUGUCCAGAUAUCCACAGGUGCUUAUAAACGGCUGGUGUACGAGGUGCCAUCUGGAAAGCAGGUCACAGAGCAGUCCCACAUUGACAGGAUUACCUGGGCCACGUGGACAAGUGUCCUUGGGGACGAGGUCAUAGGGAUCUGGUCCCGUAACACUGACAAAGCAGAUGUCACCUGUGCCUGCGUGUCCCAUUCGGGCCUCAACAUCGUCACAGGUGAUGACUUCGGGAUGGUAAAGCUGUUUGAUUUUCCGUGUCCAGAGAAGUUUGCCAAACACAAACGCUUUCUAGGCCAUUCAGCUCACUUGACUAACAUACGCUUCACAAAUGGAGAUCGCUUUGUCAUUAGUGCCGGUGGAGAUGACAGAAGCCUCUUUGUCUGGAGGUGUGUCCAUGCGCCUCACUGAACAGCAGCCCUUGGCAAUCCCACCUCCAUGAGCCCGAGGGGCUGCACGGGCUUUUCCCCAGCAUGGCUAUCCAGAGAAAGGAAGGUGCUGAAGAAUGCAUGUCAAGGAAAGGGAAGACGGACCUGGCAGCUAGGAGUUGAGGAGAGAGGCGAUCUGACUUACUGCCUCAAAACUAGGUGCAUGCAUAUGUGCAAGGCUCAUUCUCAUCUCAACAUCAGCCCCGAUUGUGAACACUACAGGUGCAGAGCGUGUGGCCCUGCUGUUGCAAAGUAUCCCUCUGAAUAAGUCACAUCAGCACUGGAAAAAAGUAUACAAACAUCUCUCCAACGCCCGCAGUUCAUUUCAAAAUGCAUUAUUUUUUUAGUAUGAGCGUAUCUGUGUAAAUGCUCCAACUGGCAGUUUUGCCAGCUGGUAUGAGUUUGUGUUACUGACAAUGCCAUUUUUAAAAAAAAAUGUAGCAUAUUGAAUUAGCCUUAAUCUACGAGUGUUUAACUUUUGAGGGUUUGGAUUUGUUUAAUUCUUUUUGUAUUGUCAUUAUUUGUUUUACUUUUUGAUCACAUACUCAUUUGGUUAAUUUGAUUAUUUUUUACUGGUAAUUUUAACUCCUGUGGCCUUCCUCCUGAAUGUAACAUCCACUGUUAUGUUCUGGAUGUCAGCAUGCCAAAGCAUACUAUGCACUGUACACCUGACCUGGUCACUGUGUUACCCUGACGGUUUAUUUAUGGUUUGUUUAUGUGAUUGUGUUGUUGACUGGUUGAACCUCAAACUUCCCUCAGCAGUAUGUGACCAUGUGUGUAGCAGUCUUUCAGCUUGUGCAGUAACCCCCUCAUGAUGUUACGUGUGCAUACUUGUUUGAGGACUUGUUUGUGGUUAACGGGUGUGCAUGGCUUACCGAGAGACAAUCUGUCUAACCAAAUUCCUCAGAAAAACAAAGGAACAGCUGUAAAUUGAUGUUUCGAUGCACUGUUGCAUUUCUCUUUUGGUCACUUUUCAGUGUGCUGCUAUGGUGUAUUAUCGUCGCGUUUUCAUUUAUAUGAAGCGUGUGACUAUUUUUUCAAGAGUAAGUUAAUGUUUUAUGUAAUCAGAUAUAUUGCUUAAAUGGAAUGUUUUAUCAAAGAGAAAAUAUGAAAAGUGCAAAACAUUUUGCUCCAUGUAUUAAGACUGAUUACUGAAAAAGUUGCUGCAUAUUUUGAUUUACAUUAUACCAGUGUAAAUAUCAUUUGUAGAUAUUCUUUUUGUAUAUUUUUGUGAGAUGUUUCUUAAAUUCAACUUUAAUAAAAAAGGCAACUGACCCUGCAUUUCAAA